UCCGAGCCUCCCCUUUGUUCCAGUUGAUCAUUAUUUAAGGACCCUGAAGAGCCCGUAUUCUUGAUCAAGAGCUUCUCCUUAUUGACGAUUUGAGGACAGAAUGUGGUGCAGAUAUUUGUUGUUGUUGGCUUUCCUGUUUAGUUUCAUACACAAUGGAACUGCCGGAGUGACCAGUGAGUUCAUUCGUUCUGAGUUCCCGGCUGUCGAUAUCCCUCUUGAUCAUGAAGUUUUCGCAGUUCCCAAGGGAUAUAAUGCUCCCCAGCAAGUGCACAUUACGCAGGGAGACUACGACGGUAAGGCGGUUAUAAUCUCAUGGGUGACUCCUGAUGAACCAGGAUCCAGCCUAGUUCAGUAUGGUUUGUCAGAGGGAAACUAUGAAUAUACAGCAAAGGGCACAUUUACAAACUACACAUUUUAUACCUACAAGUCUGGCUAUAUUCAUCACACUCAUGUUGAUGGGCUUGAGUAUGAUAAGAAGUACUUUUACAAGAUUGGAGAAGGCGGUUCUGCACGGAAGUUUUGGUUUAAGACACCUCCAAAAGUUGGUCCAGAUUCUCCUUACAAAUUUGGAAUAAUAGGUGAUCUUGGUCAGACUUUUAAUUCUCUUUCCACCAUUGAGCAUUAUAAGGAAAGUGGAGGAGAAACUGUGCUGUUUGUUGGUGAUCUUUCGUAUGCUGAUAGGUAUCAGUAUAAUGACAUUAGCGUGCGGUGGGAUUCAUGGGGACGUUUCGCUGAGCAGAUUGCUGCUUAUCAGCCAUGGCUUUGGUCUGCUGGGAAUCACGACAUCGAGUACCUCCCCUACAUGGGGGAAGUUACUCCAUUCAAAACAUAUACUGCAAGGUAUCCUACACCUUAUCAGGCCUCCAACAGCAGCGAACCUCUUUGGUACGCAGUCAGGCGUGCAUCGGCCCACAUUAUAGUCCUGUGUAGUUAUUCUCCCUAUGUUAAAUAUACACCACAGUAUAAGUGGCUUGAAGGAGAACUGAAAAAUGUUGACAGGACGAAGACUCCUUGGCUCGUUGUCUUGAUGCAUGUUCCUUGGUACAAUAGUAAUGAUGCUCACUUCAAGGAAGGGGAGAGCAUGAGAUCAGUGUUUGAGAGUUGGUUUGUCAAAUAUAAAGUUGAUGUCGUCUUCGCAGGCCAUGUCCACGCUUAUGAGAGAUCGCAUCGCAUCUCGAACAUAAACUACAAUGUAUCAACUGGCCCUUGCUAUCCUGUCCCAGACAAAUCGGCUCCUAUUUACAUUACCAUAGGCGAUGGCGGAAAUCAGGAGGGCAUUGCCGGAAAAUAUAUACAGCCUCAACCAGAUUAUUCUGCUUUCCGAGAAGCGAGUUAUGGACACGCAACCCUGGAUAUUAAGAACAAAACACAUGCACUAUACCAUUGGUUCAGAAACGUUGAUGGAGUAAAAGCUACAACUGAAUCUUUUGUACUGCAUAACCAGUAUUGGUGCUUGGAAAAGAUGUACCCCUGCAUUUGAGUGUUUUAAAUUUCUUUUUCCCUAAGCAUUAUCAGUAUUGUAAGACAAUAAAGAAUGCUAAUUCGGCUGAUGAUGCAGUCACAUAAUAAAAAUUUCAUUUGAUUGCGUUAGACUUGUUUGCAUAGCAAAUAAAUCGAACUCGAGCGCCUUCCAAAAUGAUCAAAAUGAAAUCAU